GCGGGGGGAGGGGCGGAGGAAGCCGGAGGGAAAUCCUCAGCACCGGGCGCCCCUCCCUGGCCAGCCCGCUUCCCCGAGCCCCGGCGGGGGGACCCUGGCGGGGGACCGGCUCCCGGAGGCCCCGGAGAGCAUCAGGCGGGACUCAAGACUGCAGGGGGUGGAAAUGCAGCUCCCCGCUGCUCUGCGGGGGAGGCCCACUCGAGACCCCCUGAGACCCCAGGAGCACCAUCCAGAGGCCUGGGGGAGGAGGAGGGAGGGAGGGAGGCCGGGCCCCAGGUGUUCCCCCAGGAGCAGGGCCCCAGGUGCUCCCCCAGGAGGAGCCUGCCCGUUCUGCCUUCCCCUGGGCCCCCCACCCAGCCUCCUUGUCCAUCUUCCCUCUGCUGCUCUGCUGCCCGCUCCCUGGGGCCCGUGGCUCAGCCUGUGCAGCACUCGCAUGGCAGGGCCUUGGUCCCAUGCUCACCCGCAGCUGGGAGUGGGGUCUGCGGAGUGGGUGGCAGUCGCAGGCUGGCCCAGCAGCAGCGCUCAGGAGUCCUGUCCCCGUCCAAGCCAUUUGAGGCAAGGAUGGGCACAGCCUCUGCCCCAGGCGCACCCACCUGCAGGGACCUUCCAUGCCAUCCCCGUCCUGCCCUCUCCCCAGUGGCCUGGAGCCUCUUGCUCUUCCUUCCUCUGAGGCCCCACGUGGCCUCUGUGUAAAGCGCCCCCAACACUCAAUCCAGCUCCUGCAGGAGAAAACUGCCGCAAGCAAUCGAGUGGCGGGACCCAAUGGGACUUGGUGACGGAGGGCUCAGGAGGCCAGAAGAGCAGCAAGGACUGCCGUGGUCCCGGAAGCAGCGCUUCAGGAGGCCGCUGCCUGGGGCCGGAGGGGCCGGGGAGCUUGCUGCUCAGCCCCCGUGACGCUCAGUCCCCUGAGGCCCAGACUGCUGGAGGUGCCCCUCGGUGGCCUUGGGCAAGCAUGUCCCCUCUGAACUCGAAGCUGUGAUACGGGGGUUUGUGCAGACGAAGUGAGGUGUCCAAGCACCCAGCGAGCACUGGAACUUAGUAGGCAGAACGGGCAGGCUUCUCCUGGGGGAGCACCUAGAGCCCUCCUCCUGGGGGAGCACCUGGAGCCCUCCUCCUUACAGAGGGCAGCAGGUGCCCCCCAGAGAGAGGGGAGGUGUGCCACCCUGGUGCCUUGGCCUCGGGAGCUGGAGGUCACGGGGUCUGGGAGAGGCUUGAACCCGAAGCCGUCCGAAAGGCCGGGGCCAAGUAGGUAUCCAGUGGGGAGAGAUGCUGUGAGCAACAGACGGGAAUAGGCCGGAGGGGCGGGACGCCCCGGGAGCCCACACAGGGUGCCUGCCCCCCAGAGCGGCCCCUCCGCGCCCUCCAUCGCUCUGGCUCUGCACCUGCUGAGCAGCAAACACCACGUGGCCACGUGGGCUACUCCCACACAGCUGUCAGGGACGCUCAAGGAAAAGGAUUGCGUGUCACUCGAAACAAGGUGGGGGUCUCAAAGGGGAUAGAAGAAAGGUGUGCCCGGGCAGGACCCCAGAAGUGCAGGGGAGGCGAGGUCUGGCCACCGUGGGUUCGGGCGAGGGCGGGGCCCGAGCCUCAGGAGAAGGCAGGAGGGCGGCUGAUCAGGGCACGCGGAGGGGAGACCCCAACGGGUGUGUCCACGGGGGGGGCCGCGGGCAGUGCUGGGCACCGGAGGUCCCGUGGGGCCUUCAGCCCUAGGGGUACAGAAAGGUUAAAACAUAGUCAGGGGACGCCUGAGUGGCGCAGUCGGCGGAGCGCCCACCUCUGGAUUUCGGCUCAGGUGAUCUGCGCUCCGGGGCGUCUGCUCGGGAGGUCACCCCCCCCCCCCCCCGUCACCCCGCUCUCACACUGGCUCUCAAAAUAAGUACAUCGUGAAACUAUGUGCACGUAGUCGGGAGAGGAGGCUGCGAGGGCGGCGGGGGGCCGGAAGGAAGGUCAGCGUCCUUGCCGCGUUGCCCGGGAGCAGCUCAGGGGAGCCCAGCUCGAGAGCCGCCCGGUGUCUCCGCUGCCCCGCGCUUGGCCGCCCGGUCGGCACCCUCCCCCCGCGGGUCCAGGGCUCCACUCUCCUGCCCCAAGGCCCUGCCCUCACAGCUCUUCCCCAGCAGGGAGAGGCCCAGGGGUGCCCUGGGGAUCCUCCUGGAUGCCAGGAAGUCCCCACCCUGCGAGCGGGUCCGCUGUCCCCUAGGGCCUGGGUCUCACUCCUGGGCCGUUCAGCUUCGGCCCCUGCAUGGUGCCCCCCAGGCCGCCCCCCGCCCGCCCAGCACCCGGCCUGCCCUCGCCACGGCCCCUUGGUAUCAGGGCCCCAGGCAUCCGGUGCCUCACUUCCCGGGGGCGCAGACUGCUGUCCCCCAGGAAGCUGCCCUCCCGCCCGUGCCUGGCCCCGCACAGCCAUUACCCUGCGCCCGCGCCCCCUCCUCCGGGAGGCCCCCCAGGGCCUCUCCCAGCCCUGCGGCUGCCUGUCCAGCCCCCGCCUGUGUGCAGGCGCUCGGGGGGCCUGGGGGUGCCUGGCUCUAGCAGCACUUGGCUGGAGGCUCCUCUUGGGGAGGUCUCCGUGCUCAGCCCUCGGGCCAGGCACAAAUGCAGGAAGUCACCAAGGGGAAAGUCUGUCACACGAAGGUAUUGUUCCCGGGCUCGUGCUUUCCGGGUGGGCUCGGUCCGCAGUGCGGCUUGCGCGUUCUGGGGGCUCCUGGCCCAACUGUUUCCCUCCGAGACCCCGGGGCGCCUAGGGGUGGGGAAUGUGGGGCCAGGGUGCAGCCUCGGGGAGACGUGGGCGCGCCCCGGGCGGUGUGUGUCCCCGGAGCCCUGGGUCUGCGCCGUGUUGGGGCCCGAGGGAGGUCGGGGCCGGGGUUCCACGCGCCACCCACACGCUCUCUGCCAGCCUGUGGGCCUUGGGGUCCUGCCCAGGCUGCACCCAGGCUUGCCUCCCUCCCCCCAGGAGGGCCACCCCACACCUCACCCCACGCCCCCUGCAGCCUGGCCAGGGCCUGCUGCCCCACUGCCACCGGCCUGCCUGAGCCACUCUGUCCUGGGGGGACCCUGCCACAGCUGGGGACAGGGCUGGCUGGGCAGGAAGUCAGCCCACGCUAGGCCCCCGGGGGGGGCAGUGCAGGGGCAGGCAGUCCUCACCUGACUCCACCCCCUGCCACUCUGCCCCCAUGCUGCCCUCGGGACUUACAUCAAGCCCCACAUGGGGUACGUAGGGUACCAUGGGGUAAAGGGGGGUGUUGCUUCCAUCUCACUCAUCUGCACACAGGAGACGACAGGUGCGCUCGGGGUUGCCAGAGCCCCUGAGGAGCACCAGGAAGGGCUGUGGACAGCAGGUGCCCCACCGGCCCACAUCCCACAGGAUCCCAGUGAGGAGCCUGAGAGCCCGGGGGUGCGGGCGCCACAGACCCCAGGGCCACCCGGCACUGAGCCCCAGAUUAGAGGUGGGAGCAGUGGGAGGUGGGCGGGGGCGUGGCUGGAGGCCGUGGGAGCCGCGCGGCCAGGCGGGCAGGCCCAGGGUGGGCGUCGGGGCCGUGGCAAGGGUGCUGGCCAGCAGCAGGGGUGGGGGAGUCAGAGGCCCAGCCCUGGCCCAAGCACCUCAGUGAGCCUGGGCCAACGCCGCGGUGGAGCCAGGGAGGCCAGGCCAGGAGGAGCCAGCUUGGGAGGAGAAAGGAGCACCGCUCCCAGACGUCCUGGGCAGGGCAGACCGACAGACCAGAGGCGGGCGCAGGCCUCAGACAGAACCCGGUGGGCCCAGGAUCCUGGACGCUGAAACACAGGGCUGGGGGGGCGUCCGCGGCGAGGAAGGGAUCGGGAAGGGUCGCGACGAGGGUUCCCCCGGAACGGGCAGGGAUGCUGUGCCCACAGCCCUGUCGGGGUAGAGGUGGGGGAGGAGGGACCGCAUGAUCCAGUUUCCUCAAAGGAUAAAAUAGAGAAGGGGGACCUUCUGGGGAAUCAAAGUCCAAAGAUUUGCCUAAAUUACAGACCUAGGCCUCAGGCGGAGAGGGCCUUCAGGGGGCAGCGGGGAUGGCAUUCGGGAAUGGCCCACGCACCCCCAUCUCCCUCGCCACCCCGGGUCACGCAGACCCCACUCCUCCAUCCUUCCCGCCUCUAGCCCCCACUCUUCCUCCCGACCCCCCAUGCACCUCCUCCCACUUGGAUGUUCCGAAGCAAACCCUCGGUGUCGCUCCACAUUUCAGUUUGUAUCGCUACGAGACGGUUUCCCAGAGAGUGACUAUAGUGGCAUCGGCACACUGGUGCCCAGUCAGGGUUCCCGGCUCCCAGACGGCUGGUCUGAGGAGGGCCCGCACACGCCCAUCACUGUGGCUGUUUGAUACGCCUCUCGAACCUCCGUAUCCUCAGGCUCUCCCUCCUCGAAGAGACCCAGCUGUCGUGCGCGUGUCCCGGACCCCAUAUCUGCUGUAGGCCACUUGUUGAGUGCGGGCUUGGCCAGUGUGGCAGUGUCCCUCAACAGUGGUGUUCUCCUGUUGGGAGCGUCACGAAGGACAAAGAGGAAUACCAGUACUUGUGAGACGACUAGCAGAUCAGAAAAAUACAACAUGUAUGCAACCACAAACAGAGCUUCAGAAGACAGAAAGCCACUGGUGACCAGUGGCGCCCUCCCGCUCCUCCCUGCACGCUGACCGCUCCAGCAUCCAUAAGCAAAGAUGGAAACAAUUGGGAUGAUGUGAUAAAUAGAGGCACUCUGUUUUCUAGGACAAACAGGGUGAUUCUCCAAAUCACUGUUUUUUGGGUCCCCAAAGAGGCCUCAGGACGCCUUCAGGAGUGGAAGCGGCUGCAGGAGAGGUAAGCAGGCGGGCAGUGGAGUGAUGCCCCCCUUGCUCCGCGACGCAGAAAGUGGCUCCAACCUAGAAUUCCAUACCCAGCCCAACCGUCCUUGUGUAUGAAGGGAAAUAAAGACAUUUCCAGACA